AUGUCGCAGCUCGCCCAUGAGGCGCUGGGCCGCAUUGCAAAUGACUUGAGAUCCAGAAAUAGCGAUGAGACCAGAAAGCGUGCCGCGGCAGAAUUGAAGGAGGUGGUUCUUGUCGCAUACAGAGACCUUACGAACGAGCGAUUUACGGAGUUCUACGCCGUGGUUAAUAGCAGGAUCAAUCAAUUUAUCUCACACUCAAAUGAUCCGGCGGAGAAGAUUGGAGGGAUUUAUGCGCUGGAUGCGCUGAUCGAUUUUGACGGUGUUGACCAUGGAACGAAGACAACACGAUUCACGCAGUCACUGCGCACAGUCUUGAGGGGCAAGGACUUGAUUCCUAUGCAACAUGCGGCCGCGGCCUUAGGAAAGAUAUGCAGACCAGGAGGAUCCCUAGUAUCAGAGUUGGUCGAAGCCGAAGUCAAGACAGCACUUGAAUGGCUACAGUCGGACCGAGUGGAAGAGAGACGAUACAGCGCGGUUCUUAUCCUGCGAGAGCUUGCCCGCAAUGCUCCAACACUUAUGUACGCAUUCGUGGGAUUGGUCUUUGAUCAAAUCUGGGUUGGUCUGAGAGAUAUCCGACUUCUUAUCCGCCAGACUGCCUCAGAGGCAAUCAGUGCUUGCUUCCAGAUUAUUAGGGAGAGGGACCAAGGACUACGACAAACAUGGCAAGGUAAAAUCUACGAAGAAGCUGUGCUUGGUGUCAGACAAGGCUCACUGGAGUACAUCCACGGCUCAUUACUGGUUAUCAAAGACUUGCUUCAGCAAGGAGGCAUGUUUAUGCAUGAGCACUACCAGGAGGCCUGUGAGAUUAUAUUUCGGCAAAAGGACCAUCGGGAUGUUCACGUUCGAAAGACUGUUGUACUGUUGAUUCCAGAGCUGGCAAACUACUCUCCUACGGAAUUUGCUCAAAGCUAUCUUCACAAGUACAUGGUUUUCUUGUCUGGGAUGCUAAAGAGAGACAAGGACCGCAAUGACGCAUUUUUGGCAAUUGGCAAUAUUGCGAAUGCAGUCAAGAGUGCAAUUGCGCCCUACUUGGACGGUGUUCUGAUAUACGUUAGAGAAGGACUAAGCCUGAAAUCAAGACGAAGCGGGACGGUAGAUCCUGUUUUCGAUUGUAUUAGCAGACUCGCAGUUGCAGUCGGCCAGACUUUAAGCAAGUACAUGGAGGCUUUGCUGGACCCCAUAUUUGCUUGCGAGCUCACCCCUAAGCUUACACAAGCAUUGGUUGAUAUGGCAUUUUACAUACCUCCUGUCAAGUCCACAAUCCAAGAGCGGCUACUUGAUAUGCUAAGCAAGGUCCUCUGUGGCGAACCUUUUAAGCCUCUUGGAGCUCCGACGCCAAACAGCAUUGCUGCAGCACCUGUUGUGCCUAAAGACUCGAAGGAUCCGCUUGCCUAUGAGCAUCGCCAGACUGAAAUCAAGCUCGCUCUGAAUACGCUUGGCAGCUUCGACUUCUCAGGCCACGUUCUGAACGAGUUUGUUCGUGAUGUUGCCAUCAAGUACGUCGAAGAUGAGAAUGUUGAAAUUCGAGAGGCAGCAGCGUUGACGUGCUGCCAACUCUACGUCCGAGACCCGAUAGUCAACCAGACAAGUUACCAUGCCAUCCAGGUGGUCAGCGAGGUCAUCGAGAAGCUACUCACGGUUGGAGUGGCUGACCCAGAUCCUAACAUUCGCAGAACUGUUCUCGCUGCGUUGGAUGAGCGUUUUGACCGACACCUGGCGAAGGCUGAAAACAUCAGAACACUGUUCUUUGCCUUGAAUGAUGAGAUGUUCAGCAUAAGAGAGGUGGCCAUUGCCAUCAUCGGCCGUUUGACACAAGUCAACCCUGCUUACGUAGUUCCCUCUUUGCGGAAAGUGCUAAUCCAGAUGCUCACGGAACUAGAGUUUUCUGAUGUUGCCAAGAACAAGGAGGAGAGUGCCAAGCUGUUGAGCCUUCUCGUUCAAAACUCACAGAGACUCAUCAAGCCAUACGUCGACCCGAUGGUUACAGUUCUGCUUCCCAAAGCUUCGGAUCCCAAUCCUGCGGUUGCUGGUACUGUCCUAAAGGCUAUAGGUGACCUGUCGACGGUGGGUGGAGAGGACAUGAUUCCAUAUCUUGACCAACUCAUGCCGAUUAUUCUCCAAGCUCUGCAAGACCAAAGCUCGGUGUCUAAGCGCGAGGCAGCUCUGAAGACCCUUGGCCAACUGGCAAGCAACUCAGGCUAUGUUAUCCAGCCGUACUUGGACCAUCCACCCCUCCUUGAGAUCCUACAAAACAUCAUUCGAUCGGAACCCAAUCGGGGACCUUUGCGUCAGGAGACCAUCAAGCUUAUGGGCAUUCUUGGAGCUCUGGAUCCGUAUAGACAUCAACAGGUUGAGGAAAAAUCACCCGAAACUCAACUGCGCCUUGAGUCGACCCAGAUGACCGAUAUCUCGCUCAUGAUGAAUGGGCUCACACCUUCAAACAAGGAGUAUUUCCCUACGGUUGUGAUAAACGCCCUACUACAAAUCCUCAAGGACCAAUCUCUUUCGCAACACCACGCACUUGUUGUUGAGGCUAUCAUGACCAUCUUCAGAACAUUGCAGCUGGAGUGCGUUCCUUUCCUUGACAAAGUCAUUCCCGCCUUUAUUGGUGUCAUUCGAGCCGCUUCACCGUCCCGACUAGAGUCGUACUUCAGUCAACUCAGUAUUUUGGUCACCAUUGUCCGCCAGCAUAUUCGGAAUUACCUCCCAGAGAUUGUGAGGGUGCUACAGGAUUUUUGGGAGAGCAGUCCCACCCUACAGGCCAAUAUCCUUCAACUGGUCGAAGCCAUUUCUCGUUCAUUAGAGGGAGAGUUCAAGAUUUACCUUGCGGGUAUUUUGCCCCUUAUGCUAGGUAUUCUGCAGAAGGAUAUUACCACCAGACGUCUUCCUUCCGAGCGAGUCUUGCAUGCGUUCCUCGUUUUCGGUUCAAGUUCUGAAGAGUACAUGCACUUGAUCAUCCCAGUCGUCGUCAUGGUCUUCGAGAAGCCCGGACAGCCAUCUUUCAUCCGAAAGUUGGCUAUUGAGACAGUUGGAAAGAUAUCCCGACAGGUUAAUUUAAACGAUUUUGCAUCGAAGAUCGUUCAUCCCCUGGCGAGGGUGCUGAACGGCAACGAUAUUUCUUUGAGAAUCGCUGCGCUCGACACACUAUGUGCUCUGAUCUUCCAGCUUGGAAAGGACUAUCUUCACUUUGUUGGCACUAUCAACAAAGUAUUGGUCGCGAACCAAAUUGCGCACGAGAAAUACGAGAAGUUAGUGGGCAAUCUUCAAAGAGGAGAACCACUGCCUCAAGAUCUGAACGCCGACGAUCGCUUCCGAAACUCCCUUGAUGAGGUUCCUUCAGAAGUGCAGAAUAAGAAGCUCGACUCCAACCCUGUUCACCUGAAGGCUGCUUGGGACUCUUCUGGUAAAUCAACAAAGGAAGAUUGGCAAGAGUGGAUGCGCAGAUUCAGUGUCACCGUUCUCACCGAGUCCCCGAAUCAAGCCCUGAGAGCUUGCGCUGGCCUUGCUUCCAUAUACCCUCCUCUUGCUCGAGAGUUAUUCAAUUCCGCAUUUGUUUCUUGCUGGGGGGACCUCUUUGAAACCUACCAGGACGACCUCAUUCAGAAUAUUGAGACGGCUAUCCGAUCGCCACAUGUAACACCGGAUCUUCUUGGAAUUCUGCUUAACCUCGCAGAGUUCAUGGAGCAUGAUGACAAAGCCCUCCCAAUUGACAUUCGGGUUCUUGGUCGAGAAGCUGGUAGAUGUCACGCCUGGGCCAAGGCUUUACACUACAAGGAACUUGAAUUUCUGCAAGACCAAUCGAGCGGAGCAGUCGAGGCACUUAUCCAGAUCAACAAUCAAUUACAGCAGUAUGACGCCGCUAUAGGUAUCCUUCGCAAGGCUCAACUUUACACGGACGGCAUUCAAUUACGCGAAACCUGGUUCGAGAAACUUGAGCGAUGGGAGGAGGCUCUCGAAUUCUACCAAAAGCGCGAGGUUGAACACCCUGAGCAGGCGGAUAGCUUUGACAUUAUCAUGGGUAAGAUGAGAUGUCUGCAUGCUUUGGGAGAGUGGGACUCGCUUUCUGCGCUUGCGCAAGACAAAUGGCACACCUCGGGCCUCGAAAUUCGCCGUGCCGUUGCUCCUCUAGCCACUGCAGCUGCCUGGGGCUUGGGACAGUGGGAUUUGAUGGAUGACUAUUUGAGUGUCAUGAAAGCCAACACGCCUGAUAGAUCAUUCUUCGGUGCUAUUCUUGCUUUGCACCGCAACCAAUUCCGCGAGACAGCGAUGUACGUGCAAAAGGCCAGAGAGGGUCUCGAUACCGAGUUGAGUGCGUUGGUCAGCGAGUCGUACAACCGGGCUUACACCGUUGUUGUCCGUGUGCAAAUGUUGGCUGAGUUGGAGGAACUCAUUGUCUACAAGCAGAGCGCCGAUAAUCCUGCUAAACAAGAGACAAUGCGCCACACUUGGGAGAAACGUCUUCUUGGUUGCCAGAGAAAUGUCGAAGUUUGGCAAAGAAUGCUGAAGCUCCGAGCUUUGGUCAUAUCUCCUACUGAAAAUAUGCCGAUGAUGAUCAAGUUCGCCAAUCUUUGCCGAAAGUCUGGCCGCAUGGGUCUUGCAGAAAAGCACCUACAGAUGUUGAUUGGAACCGAUGAGAGUCUGGAUUAUCUGCUUCCCUAUCCGGCUGAGAACGGUGAAACAGUACGCACGCCCCGACGCAUCCCACCUCCUGUGCAGUACGCAGUCCUGAAAUACCACUGGGCUGCUGGGAGACCAGAUGAUGCUUUAGAUGCCCUGAAAAUCUUCUCGUUGGAGCUGGCGGAGCGGUUGAAAACUGUCGAAGCUGCUGCUCAGGGUAUCAAUGGUAUCGAUAUCAGUAGCCUCAAUAUCAACGGAGUACCCAGCGCAAAUGGAUUCAUUCCCAAUGGCCUCGGUCCACAACAACCACCGAACCCACAGUUGGUAUCAAAGCUUUUGGCUGAUCAUACUAGGCUUCUUGCUCGGUGCUGUCUGAAGCAGGGCGAAUGGCAAGUUGCACAGAAGAAGGGAAACUGGAAAGACGAAAGUGUCCAUGAAAUUCUGACUUCUUACCGUGCUGCUACGCAUUACAAUCCUACGUGGUACAAAGCUUGGCAUGCUUGGGCUUUGGCGAACUUUGAGAUCGUUCAGGCUUUGGGCCACCGGUCUGAGCGAGAUAGAGACUUGGUCGUGCCACCCAACGUGUUGGUCGAUUUUGUUGUGCCCGCGGUCCGCGGUUUCUUCAAAUCGAUCGCCCUCUCGCAAGGAAGUUCUCUACAGGAUACUCUGCGCCUUCUGACUUUAUGGUUUGCACAUGGAGGAAGUCCAGAUGUCAAUGCAGCUGUGACUGAAGGCUUUGCGUCCGUCAGUGUUGACACAUGGCUCGAAGUCAUUCCUCAGUUGAUCGCUCGGAUCAAUCAGCCCAACCAACGCGUUCGACUAUCGAUCCACAAUCUGCUUGCAGACGUCGGUAGAGCUCACCCCCAGGCUCUGGUCUAUCCGUUGACUGUUGCAAUGAAGUCGGCCCCCAACACCAGGAGAUCGAGAUCUGCCAUGCAAAUCAUGGAUAGCAUGCGUCAACAUAGCGCCAAACUUGUUGAGCAGGCUGACCUUGUUAGUCACGAACUUAUCCGCGUCGCCGUACUUUGGCACGAGCUCUGGCAUGAGGGUCUGGAAGAGGCUUCGAGACUCUAUUUCGGUGAUCGAAACAUUGAGGGCAUGUUUGCCACCCUGGCGCCGCUGCAUGAUAUGCUCGACCAAGGACCUGAGACUCUCCGUGAGAUCUCAUUCGCCCAGACAUUCGGCCGCGACCUCCAGGAAGCUCGUGAGUGGUGCUUUACGUACAGACAAUCUGGGGACAUGGGCGACAUCAACCAGGCCUGGGAUCUUUACUACCACGUAUUCAGGAGAAUUGCUCGCCAACUUCCACAACUCAACAACCUCGAAUUGGCUUAUGUUUCGCCAAAGCUUCUUAAUGCUCGGGAUCUUGACUUGGCCGUACCAGGCACCUAUCAAAGUGGCAAGCCCGUCACUAGGAUUAUGCACUUCGAAACUACCUUCACUGUUAUUUCGUCCAAGCAGCGUCCUCGAAAACUCAGUCUUCAAGGAAGCGAUGGCACUGCAUAUGCUUUCGUGCUCAAGGGCCACGAGGAUAUCCGUCAAGAUGAGCGUGUCAUGCAAUUGUUCGGCCUUUGCAACACACUUAUGGUUAACGAUACCGAGUCGUACAAGCGACACUUGAACAUCCAGAGAUAUCCUGCCAUUCCGUUGUCCCAAAACUCUGGUCUCCUGGGCUGGGUACCGAAUAGUGAUACUCUUCAUGUGCUCAUUCGCGAGUACAGAGAAAGCCGGAAGAUCUUGCUUAACAUUGAGCAUCGUAUCAUGCUCCAGAUGGCUCCCGACUACGAUGGCCUUACUCUCAUGCAGAAGGUUGAGGUGUUCGGAUAUGCUCUCGACAACACUACCGGCCAAGAUCUCUACAGAGUUCUUUGGUUGAAGAGCAAGAGUUCGGAGUCCUGGCUUGAGCGUCGUACGAAUUACACUCGAUCCUUGGGUGUCAUGUCCAUGGUCGGCUACAUUCUUGGUCUCGGUGAUAGGCAUCCUUCCAAUUUGAUGCUUGAUCGAAUCACUGGCAAGAUCAUCCACAUCGAUUUUGGAGAUUGCUUCGAAGUCGCCAUGCAUCGUGAGAAGUACCCUGAGCGGGUGCCCUUCAGAUUGACAAGAAUGUUGACAUACGCCAUGGAGGUCAGCAAUAUUGAAGGCAGUUUCAGAAUCACUUGUGAGAAUGUCAUGAGAGUUCUGCGCGACAACAAGGAGUCCUUGAUGGCAGUUCUUGAAGCUUUCAUUCACGAUCCACUUCUGAACUGGCGUCUCACGGCCGACACUUCUCCAGCAGGACCUAACUUCCCAUCUCAACGCCGCGACUCCUUGAUGUCAACCGACCGUCGCCCAUCGAUGAUGGACGAUUUGCCACCCUCAGUUCGCAUGGCUCUUGAGCCGAUGCCAGCUCCAGGCGGUCCACCACCUCGUCCUCGUGCCAGAACAAACUCCACAUCCCAGGGCCCUGCCCCCGAGGGGAUCGAUGUGCAAGAGACGCAGAACGAGCGCGCGAUGCAGGUACUGAACCGAGUGAAGGAGAAGCUCACUGGCCACGACUUCAAACCCGAGGAGGAAUUGACCUUCAUCGUGCAAGUUGACAAGCUGCUGAUCGAGGCGACAAAGCUGGAGAAUCUGUGCCAGCACUACAUCGGAUGGUGCAGUUUCUGGUAG